AUGGAAGCUAGCAUCCACCUCAGGCGGGUUAUCCAAGAAAUGUGGGCAGAAAUCAACAGACUGGAGAAAGAGAACCAUGCCCUCCGUGUGAAGCUGACUUCAAUUAGUCAGACAACAUCUAGCUCAGGGAGAGAAUCAGAAGGUGAAAGGGAAGAAGCAGUGUGUGGCCAGUCUUCAGGGAGCCUGCCUGGUGAUCGUCCCAUGAAUUCUGCACCAGCUGUGCAGGAAUACCAAGGCAAUGUCAUGAUUGUCAGACGCUAUGCCAUUUCUCCAUCAGUUCACUCCUAUGCAGCCAAUGACCCCUGGGAAGCUAAAAACAGACUUCCAAAUAAUGGAACGUCAUUGGCCUGUUCUUCAACUAGGAAGCAAGACAGUGAAGAAAAGAGGUUGGCAGCAGACGCGUGUGGCAGCCAUAGCUCCAGCCAGAGAGCUUUUUCUGAUGACAAUUUUGUUUGCAGUUGCAGUCCUCUUGAAAAAGACCUCCUUCCCACACUGACUGUCAAUUACAGACCAGCCAAGCUACAGGGAAAGUCCUCGUGUGAAGUUGUUAUCACCCUUGAGGGCAUUUCCAACCUAGUUCCCGCACUGGCUACUUUAUACCAGUGA